AUGCAAACUCAGCUUCAAUAUCGAUCGGGGACAGCUGAGGUGGAAGUAGUUGGGUCCUCGCGCCUGCAUCUUCUAGACCGGCUAAGUAUCCGCUCCGUAUAUCAGCGUCGGCAGGAUGACUACUUUUUGCAUCUUCAGUUUGAUGCUGAUGUGGAAACUGUGCCGAUUAAAAAUUGUAUUUUGCAGACGGUCAUAGUCUUGGCUGGAUUUAGAAAUCCGACUGGCCACUUCAUCGUCCGUUUUGGUUUUGCGAGAGAGAGUGCUGCCCAGGUAGGUGAAAAUAUCCACAACUAGCACUUGGGCGCCUUUCACGUUGAUUAUGGAUACGGCAUAGAGAGCGUCGGGUGGCAUGGCCACCACCUUUACCGUGUUGAUUACCAGGCCGAAGUUCUUGCAGGCGGCAGCAAAAAGAUCCAUGCUCCCCCGCAUGUCCCCUUUGGAGGUGCCGUAGUGGGCACAGCCGUCGGAGAAGAGAAGUUAUUGGACGGUGGUUGUGGAGACAGGCGAUUGAAAGUGCUUCCUCCUGUGGUUGAGCGGUUGACCAUCCGUCCUGUAGGCAAUGCGAAUCGUCACGUCAGAAGUCCGUUAGCAUGGAAGUGAUCAAGAGACUGAAGAGCGUAGGCGCGAGGAUGCAGCCCCUGCUUCACGCCGUUUGUAGCUGCGAACGCCUCUGAGACAACUCCAUUGUCCGUGACGCGCGCCGUCUCGGAGCUGGCGCUCGGGACAGCCGAAUUUCCAUAUGAUUUUCCACAGUCCUUCAGGAUUUACCGUACCGAAGGCUUUGGUCAGAUCCAUCAAGGUAGACUAGGGGUGGUCCGCAUCUCCUUCAGUUUUCGGGCGACAAAAACUAUGUCCACGGUCCCAUGAUGACGGCGGUAGCCGCACUGACUGUUCGGCAGAAGACCUUGUUCUAGGUGGUUGUUCAGACGGUUGAGAAGGACACGAGCAAAGAUUUUCCCGGCGAAGUUCAACAGCGCGAUUCUUGUGUGAUUGUCGCAGAUUUGGCGGUUUCCUUUCUGCUUGUAUAGAUGAUCGGUUGUGGCGUCUUAAAGAUACUGCGGAACUUCUCCUUGACGCCAAAUCUCCUGUAAGAGCGCCGUCAGACGAUCCAGGAGUUGGGGCCACCAUGCUUUUGGAUCUCAGCAGAGACCGCGUCCGAUCCGGGCACUUUCCCGCUGGAGAGCUGCUGCACGGCCCUGAUGGUUCCUUGUAGAGAGGGUGGGCGGUUGAUGUCGACGAUGGUGACCACUUGAAGCAGACGGGCGAUGGUGGCGUCGGAUAUGGUGGAGGGGCGGUUGCGGGCGCCUCUGAAGUGCUCGACUCAUUGCUGAAGAAUAUGUGUCUUCUCGGUCAGUAGGGUACUGCUUUCGGCGCUGAGAAGUGGAUUAUUUCCUUUGCUUGGAUUGCUCCUGGGAUGUAAGGAGAAUCACUAAUACCUUUUGCCAUUUAGAAGAUACCAUAUAGUACUCAUAAAAUUUUGCAAUCUGUUUGGGCUAAGCUGUAUGCUGUAUGAGGUGCCUUGGUAAACGGACUGAUACGGUGCUUUUUGAAUGGACAUUUCAUGGUCUUAGCAAGUCUCAUAGUUGAAAGUUUCUUGCAUGGUAAUCCACAUCACAACCUCGAAAGCGCAUUUCAGAAUUCCAGUUUACAUUUUAUGUGAUCGGCCAGCGACCUUAAUCAUGUGAAUAGGAUUCAGCGUUGAAUCGAACAUCAUUGGGUUUAUACUAUGCUGGCGAUGCACAGAACGCCGACAGGGAAUGAUCGUCUGCAUUCAGACUACGACUAGGAAGCGUGCACCUCUGAAAGCUCAAAUGAAUAAAUUACUAUUACCAGCGAUCGACUCUUCAAGCUUAACAGAUGAGAUUCUUGGGACUAAUUUUCUCGUUCAGGUUUGUAAUUUUUAAUACCCAGGGAUACACUCAGUAGCGUUUUGUUUGCUCGCCGUCAUCCCGCAUGAGCAGCAUCAGGGUGAAACCUUUUCCUGAAUAUAUGCCGCCUUAACAACGGCAGUACUUACGCGUUGGGUCGGCAGGACUACAUUAUGGUAGUGGUCGAGUUCUAGCUGCCAAAUUGUUGGGUUAACGUAGAAGGAGGAAGGAAAGAAGCCCUCGACGAGGAUUUUAUGCAGGAUUUAGACUUUCUGAUGAGUGAUGAAUGGAGUUUAUGGCAACUGCAAUGAACCUAGGAUUCCACGGGACUGAUUAAUGGCUUUGGUCUUUUCCAACUUGGAAGGAGAGAUGGCACAUUCAUGUCAUAAUGACAGCUCUUGAAACGGUUCGAAGUCCUUGGCAUGCAUUAUUGAUUUUCGUUUGGUUUAAAAAGGGUGAGCAACAAGCUACCUGGGGAGUUUGGUAUCUUUAUAUCAUCAUGAGUUUCUGGCACAGGGGUGGCGCUAGGGAUUACUACUUGAUCAUUUUCUGAAUAAGUAGAGUAAUUAUUACUCAUUUUAUCGACUUUUCAUGGUCAGAUCUGACCUACGAUUUCGUGUGCGAUUGUGGCAAACCAUUGACCUACUGCACGAUGGUCAGGAAUCCCAUUAAAACUCUGCUACUUUUUCAGAUGUUGUAAACACUUCGAAGUUUUCACCUGUAGAAAUAUCAGAGGAGGUGUGAUACGGAUUCCCCCAGAAAUCGGACAUGUCAACUUGUUUGGACGCCAUAUUUAAUAACGCACACAUUGCAGAGCUUCCGUAAAAGAAAACUUUUUCCGAACUCCAAGGUUCACUUUUUAAAAAGGCAUAAUCCUUUGCAAAGUGAUUACAGGGAAUAAGUUUCAUUUACUCAUUUCCAGAAAAAAGAACCAGCAUUAAAUUUCACCAAAAGCGAUGGGCGGUAUCUCGAUCCUUGUUAAGUUCGCUGCGGAUUCAUAUGGAAGCCGCUAUGUGGCCUUGUUCAUAUUUGUCAAUUUGCAAACCGUAUUUGAACUUGUUUUUUUUCAGCUAACAGGAAGAGUUGGAGAUUUUCGUUAAUGGCCUUUGCGAGUUGUGGCACUUCCACCGUCUAAUGACUUCGGCCCAUUGUGGAUGAUGUUGCUUUCAGCGUCAAGAGCAAAAAUUCCAAUCUAAAAUUAAGGUGCUAGUGCCGUAUCGGCCUAAAUAUGGAAACAUCUGUGAUGGCAGCCCCUGCACAGGUGAUUUAGUAAACAUUUCAGCCGUCAAGGUCAAAAGCUGCCAAACUGUCGGUUUUUUGUACUGUACAAACUUUGACACUGAUAACACACCUAGAUCCUGACUGCUUUAAGAUGUAAAUGCUUAAAAAUCACCAUUCGCGAACGAAUUUUAAAAUCGUUUGGGGUUCAGUUAGAAUCUCCGAUCAAUAACUUUGGUAAUCAAAGAUGGGACAACUCCACGUUAGCCUGCACAACGAAUCACUAUUCUUGCCCGGCACGCUAACCACCUCAUACACAGGACAGAACAACAUCCAUGGAUGAGACUCGCUACGAAUUUUUCAGCUCCCAUUUCUAUUGGCUAAAUUCCGUCAUUCGCCUCCGCCAACAAAUCUCAUGUCUGCAUAAACUGAAUUCACCUGGCCGAUUGGAGGGAUGCGUGCUACGCAAUAUAGAUCCCACACAGUGUCCUUUGUGUACUGGACAUCGGUUUCUAUGUCAUGCUUUUCUAAACAAGGAUAUUAUUUUGCAUUUCAUCGCUUCCUCUUCUAGCGUCUAAAGAAUUUUUCGGUCUGUGCCAAGUCACAGUUUAGAAAAGACGGGACAAUUAGUAAUUACUUGGAGGAAGGGAAGGAGGAAGAGGAGGGGAAGGGGGAGGAGGAGGAGGAUGAGGAUGAGGAUGAGGAGGAGGAGGAGGAGGAGGAAGAAGAGGAGGAGGAGGAGGAGGAGGAGGAGGAGGAGACAGAAAAGGAUUGGCCUGGCCUGCCACUAAAAAGGAAAAUCGCCAUAGUUUUUUAA